ACAGUGCGUGCAGUGCUAUCAUGUAUCGCACUCGUAUAAAACUGACAUGUGGAACCGUUAAGAUCGGCUCGUGGUAGUAGGUACUUGCUACUAUUGAACGUAUACUGAUAAAUGAAGCAAACAGUCUUAGUGUAGGUUUUCCGUACCACAGUGGCACUCUGUGCUUCUGUCCAAUAACAUCAAACCGCCUUAUAUGGUUAAUCGGCGGUCCUAUACUACACACAUACACGAUACACAUCGCAUUUUCGCAUAAUUUAUUCGCCCUGUCGAAGAAAAUUUUCGCUUCGCCCCUUCGUGCUUCCCCCGUGGAGAAUGAUUGUACUGAUAGACUCUUUCGAAAGCAAAUUAUGAGGGCUUUUAACCUUACGAUGGACUGAACAGGACCGGAUUAAUGGAUACUGACCAAAGUGCUUCUAAACGGUAUUACACAAAACGCCAUUAUCUUCGACCCAUCCUCUCCUCUAGCCAGUAGCAGCAACGCUAAUUUCCACACAACAGCUGAUAACGGAACCUGAAGGAUCAUGGCUUACAACAGUGCAUUUAUAUAUAAAACACCGUCUCACUGAUUAUCAACGCUCAUGUAAUGUGCCAUAUAGUUUACACGAGGAAUUAGUUUUCAAAUUACGCCAGGAUUUUACCAGUGCAAUAGAUACCAGGAACUUUAAUCUUGCUGAUAGUUUCGAGUCAAGUAAGCUUCUUUACACGUUUGUCAAUCUUUGUUUUUAAAGUACAUUGUUUACCAAUGUAACACAACUUUUUUCUGUGUUUGAUUUUAAUUGAAAUAAUUUAAUUGCUUAUCAAUUAAUAUUCCAUAAUUCUUUCUGUGUCACUUUUCUCUCUCUUAAUAUUUUCAUCCGAUUUUUUCGCCAACUGUAAUUCUGGAAACUGAGUGUAAACACAUUGGAUUUGUGAACACGAGACUGUGACCGUUAAUAUCAGUCAUUUUUGCUAUAACGUGGAUGGAUUGGUACAUAUAAUCACAUCGUGCUCGCAUUGUGGCGUUCAUGAGGAAAACGAACCACUGUUUUUGGAAUACGUGAAUGGACAUUUGACCGUUACACUUGGAAUGCACUGGUCAUUAGUGCCUAAAUGACACAAGGAGGAGGUCGUUUCGAUUUUGAUGACGGGGGGACGUACUGUGGGGGUUGGGAAGAUGGCAAAGCCCACGGACACGGGGUUUGUACCGGGCCUAAGGGCCAGGGUGAGUACUCUGGGGCGUGGCAAUAUGGCUUCGAGGUGUCGGGCGUUUACACCUGGCCCAGUGGAAACUCGUUCAAGGGCCAAUGGUUCCAGGGAAAGAGACACGGGCUGGGAGUAGAAACGAAGGGCCGAUGGGUCUACCGGGGGGAGUGGACCCAGGGAUUCAAAGGCCGAUACGGUGUCCGACAGAGCGUUUCCUCCGGGGCCAGGUACGAGGGCACGUGGACCACCGGUUUACAGGACGGCUAUGGGUGCGAAACCUACGCUGAUGGAGGUACGUAUCAUGGACAAUGGCUUAGGGGCAUGCGCCACGGCUAUGGAGUGCGCGCAAGCGUACCCUAUGGUCUGGCGUCACAUUACCGACCUAAGACGUUACGGGCGUCUUUGACGUCACUACGCAGUGAAAACGAGGAUGAGAUUGUGGUGAAAAAUCGUGAUAAAAAACUAGAUGAGAGCCGUGGAGGUUUCGUUCUUAAAGCCAAGAGUGACGAAACUCCCCCCAGUAGACGGCGCUCCAUAUUCGAUAAGCAGGGCAGGUCUAGUUUACGGAAAACUCUAAUGUCAGGUCUGAAGCUCAAAAAGCAAAAAAGCACAGGUGACAUCAACAGUUCGCCUAGCCGUCAGACAGGCUCUGUGCGCAGUACAAUCAGUAACAUCAGUCACGUGAGUGCCGAUUCGACGCAGUCUGGGAUGACGAACGCUUCCAUGUACACAGAUAGUAAUUUAAGUUUUGUAAGCCAGGAUGACAUCACGGAUAUCAACGUCACGGAAACGUACAUGGGAGAAUGGAAAAACGACAAGCGUUCUGGCUUCGGUGUAAGUGAACGUUCCGACGGACUAAAGUACGAAGGCGAGUGGUAUAACAAUAAGAAAUAUGGAUAUGGAGUGACAACAUUCAAGGAUGGUGCCAGAGAGGAAGGGAAAUAUAAAAACAAUGUUUUAAUAUCAUCAGGAAAGAAAAAUAAAUUAUUCUUGAUCAGGACUUCUAAACUGCGUGAACGAGUGGACAAUGCGGUUUUGUCGGCACAGCGGUGGGCCCAAAUCUCUCUACAAAAGGCGGAUUUAGCAAUCUCAAGAAUGGCCAAUGCAAGAGCGAAAGCAGAGCAGGCAGACCAAUCAGCCCUGAAGUCAGAACAAGAUUCCGAUUUUGCCAGGUUAAAAGCAAAAGAGUAUGCCCCAGAAUUUCAUCAACCAGGCUCAGACAUGAUGAAGAAGAAACGAGAGAAUGGCGAGGUUGACGAGGAUGAGUACGACUUCAGUUACGUGAAAAGCCUUCAAAACCACAACCCACACCGCUCCAAGUCAAUGCUCACUAAGUCCCCCCACGAUGACGGGGGUCUACUACCCGGCGGCCUCGUUCCGAUGGUCAACAGUUCCCCGGAUGGAAGUCCACUUAGGAAUAAUAGUGGUUAUGACUAUCUGCAAAUGUCGAAUGCCAAACCGGACAGUAAAAAGAUGACAAGCAUACCAAAUCAUUCGCCACAUAACAGAAGCCCAUCUUUGAAAAUUAGAAGGUAUAGCUUUUUGGCGGGUUCCAGAAGAGGUAGAGGAUUUAGUGAAAUAUUCAAUUCGACAAUUUUAAAUGACCACUUCGAUCAGUAUUCUGCCCAAAGGGACGAUAGCGGUUUAGGAAAGGAACUUUUAAGUGGUGAGGAACGCUACAGGGGUAAUCAUAUAACGGACCCAUCUCCAGAUUCAGGUGUUUCAGAAAGUCUGGACGACGAGUCCAAGAACAGACCGCUUCAGCGAAGAAGAACUAUGCCUUGCAUUGUCAAAACAGAGGGCAAUGCGAAAUCACAAGCAAUGGCGGAAAGAGAAACGGCGCAUAGUAGCGAAAACAUUGCAGGUAAAAACCCUGACAUGUACGUUAUAGAAAAUGGAAUACGUAAACGAAUAAAAGGGGUGGAUAGGCCUUCAGCACAACCACACAGAAUGUCAAAGGGCGACCUUCCAAAAGAAUAUAAAAUCGAAAGCCAGAAUGCGUUGGGUAAGGCAAAGGGCACACGGGGCAGUCUUCCAGACAUCACAGCUAUCAAGCAAGUGGAUAAGUUCAAAUCAAUCCCACGCGAGGAGGCCUACCAGUUGGGCACUGCUAGGCGAGAAGAGCUCAGGCGGCUACAGGAUUUAGCCGACCGGCGUCGGCAAGGGGACGUAACCGUCAUCCUAGGGGAUCUGAAGGACUUUGUACAGCAGCGCCAGCUGUUAGUCUUAGUAAUUGCAGUGAACCUGAGUUUAGCCACAAUGUUUUUCAACCUGUUGUCCUGAUGAGUGCUAUAAUUUGAUCGUCAUGGAAACAAAUAUAUGCACCUUCCAGCGACCUGUGCUACCGUGGCACACAUUGGCUUCGGCGGGUUGAUGCAACGGAAACAGCAGUCGAACCAGUUCUCGGUCAAAGGUCAAGAAGGGAAAUUUGGUUUUCUUACCAAGAGAAAUACCAAGGCCACGCCCGUUGGACAUGAUUUGUUUGAUAACCCGCUUUAGCCAUGGCGUUUUCGCAAGAAGUUGAUGGAACUCGGCGAGACUCCAACUACCUACUGAACCAAACUUUCCUAUUCCGUCUCGUACAGCCGCAUCCAUUUGUUCCAUUAGGAUGUACGAGACCGGGUCACGUGUUACCCAGUGAUGUCACGUGUUACCCAGUGAUCAUCUUCCCUGGCACCGUAUUUGUCCUAAGGACAGAUCUCUAUAAAGUUGUAGUGAGGACGAAUUAAGUUUAAGACAUUUUGUAUAAAUGUAUUUUGGGAGUAUUUUUUCCAAGAACGAAAUUUUAGUGGAGUAUAAGUUCUGGGAAGAACGCGAAAAGGAAGAUGAAUACCAACGUUUUUUUCAAUCUUUGUUGGAGCCUGGAAUUCGUUGACGUUAUUCAGAGUUUAUAUGCAUUGUGGAUGUUACAGAUUCUUGAAUGCAUGUGUGUGUGGAUCGUCACUUCUCAUCAUCCCGUGUUAUCCGGAAGUGUCCGUUCGCUCCUUGACCUGUUGGGUUUCAUCCCACGUUCCACUAGGUUUUGUACGACGAGGAGAAAUCCAGAAGCAAUGUUUUGUUUUAUCGGGAUUACAUGUGACCAAAUUUGAUUAACCUGUGUAUAAAUUCCUCCUUUUAACAACUACUACAUUUAUUCAUUCUCUCCAUUAUUUUGAAUGUUUAGGAUUUUUGCGACAUUUUUGUUAUAGGCAGGAUACAAAAAAGUGUCUGCUAUACGCACAUGAUCCUUAACUGCCAUACUGUUGGCCUAUAUGACACAAUCUGACAAGCACCUAGUACCUCGAUCAAGGACAUGUCCAUAGCGCAGCACAUGGCACGUGCAACGUAUCUCUAAUGCCAUCGUAGUGUACGUCAUGAUAUCAGAAAGACCUUUCUAGAUCAGUGGUGAUAUGUGUGUCAGCGAUACGUGAAUAAACUUAUCUGUAAAGGCAUAAGGCAGUUGAAUGUGGAUUAAAUCAAUUGUUGUUGGUCAACACCGAGGAGGAAACAAUCAUGUUUAACACAAGAAAGAAGUUAAAAUCUAGGAUCAAGAGAAAGGUCAUUCAUCUCUGUUAUGACCUCGGAGGCAGCAAUAGAAAUCAGUAUUUAUUUAACCAGUUAUUGAUAUGGCACGACAUGGCAACACUUAGCUACUAUUAAAGGUAUUACUGGCGACCCGGACUUGCCGAGAAGGUGGGAGGAGUGGUCGGUACUUAUUUCCAGCUAAUGUGAGGAGAAGGGAUAGUUAAAAGGUUCGUGGCAAUGUUCUGAUAGACCAUGAUCAUAGACAGGGAACACAUAGUCUAAUGAUCCAGAAUUUGGCGGAUUUUAUUCAUUAUAGACAAAACUACAGUGUAUUUAUUGAAACCACGAUUUCGUAGAGACGUAUAUUUUCACCAACCCGAAAUAUCCUUCUUUGUUGUAAUUGUGCAGGGGUCUGUACCUUUGUACCCGGUUUAACAGAAGGUAUAUAACCGUGAUGUCUUUCAGCAGUAUAUACCCCACAGUCGCCAGGCUGUAAGGAUUGUUCUCAUACCAAGUGACAUGCACUCAGUUUGCCGAUACGUCAUGUUUUAUUUAUUUCAAUUCUAGGUGUUUUUAAUUUUCAUUUGUAUUUUAAUCUUUUUUUUCUUGUUUAUUAAAUAUAUGGAAAUGAUUUUAAAUAAAUCAGUAUUUUGUUUCCAUGAAUUUUGAAAAAAAAAUCGUCGAGCGACCUUUAUUAUUCCGGGUCAGUGCAUUUCCCUUUACUAUUUAAAUUAAGUUAAAGUGUUUGAACGUUAGAUUGGAGUGUGUUGGUUGAAAUAACACACGCUACUUUUGUCUGAUUACUAUGUAAAUCAUAAACUAACCGUUUGAUCAAUCUUUUAGUAAUUUAGUAAAAUUAUACAGUACAUCUAUUACACAAUGUAAUAUUCAGAUUAAAAUAUUGUUAUUUACCUGCAGGGAGAGAGCGGUUGUUUUUUUCUUGUCACGUUUUUGCAUUUCGUUAAAACAUAACAUCAUAGAGGUAACAUGAAAUAAAGGGAAGCAAUUCAUGUAAUGAAUGGUGCUGAACAGCGUGCUCACAACCAAUACCUGGUAUAUUCACAGACUUGGUUCAUAGAAACUGUUUCGCUGAUAUCGGGUCGUACAUUUUGUUUUAUUCAUUUUGUUCGAGGUUGUCUUCUGAGCUAUAUCAUUUGACAUCUUCUUGUCAUUAUGUCUAAAUUUCAGGGGAAGAGGCCAAAUCUAUUUCUACAAGUCAGAAAACUUCCAAAGUAUUAUGAUUUUAUAUUAGUAUGGGUGUUAUUGUAGGCCUUGAAACAACCGUUUUAUGGAGCAUGGAUUACACUCUGUCAUGCUUUACCACCUAUAACUAGUAUAUAGUAUACCUGCGCACACGUGAUUUGGGAUAUUCUGGACAGACAAAUAUACCAACAAAUUAACACAUUAAUUCAUGAUUAUCAGAAAAAAUAACUGACAAAAUACAGCGUUUAUAUUGAAGCUGUUAGACCACAUAACAAGAUCGUUUGCGAUAUCACGUUGUUUACAGCGCUGCACUACAAGUCACGUGAUAACAUUCCAUUAAUAGCUUACAAAGUAGCGAAAUAUUCAGGAAUGCACAAUAUUAUAUUACUACAUCGUAUCAUGGUCUACUGGAGAUGUCGAACUGUAAACAGGUGACUUGAUAUCGCGAAUGAGCUCUGGUCUGUCCAGGUAUAAUACCUGGGUUACGUUCUGUGUCUUAUACAACAACUAUAACAAUCAGAAAGGGGAACACAGAAAGGGCAACUCCACCCGGCAGUUCCCUUUGUGGUUCGCGGUAUACAUUUCUCAAUCUUGCCAUUGUAAUACUUUUUAAAGCUUUAAAUAUCAAUUUUGUUUGAAGAUAUGUCAUCUUUUGCUUUUUUUCGUGCAUCAUUUUGAUAAAUCAUGAUAUUGAUUAUCCCCCCAGGGGAAGUACGAAGGGUAUUGAUAUGUGUUUGAUACAUCCUGUUUCCCACUGUAACUAUAUAACUUCCAAACUUUUGAACAAAAAUGAAAAUAUUUUGUAGUGCUGAAUACGAAGGGUGUUUUUGUGUAAUUCCCUUUGUAAAUUAAUGUGUACUUAAGAUAAUAUUUUAUAAUAAGUUAAUGUAUGUAAAUUUUCUUUUGGAUUUUUUCCUAAAUUCGGUUUUAAUUUUUUUUAUUACUUGAAAGCAUUUGAAUGGUUUAUACACUGACUCCACCCAAUAAAAUCGCAGAGAGAAAAAUA